CUUCAUUGCUCCUCUCCAUUCGACCUCGACUCGACGACCGACGACCGACGACCAGACCAUGGCGCCGCGCAGCUGCUCGACGUGCCAGACAGCCCGGGCUGUGCUGCGUCGGCCCAAGACGGGCGCGCUGGUCUGCCGUGAGUGCUUCUACUACAUUUUCGAGCAGGAGGUCCACCAGACGAUUGUCUCUGCUUCGCUCUUCCAGCGUGGUGAUCGGGUGGCCAUUGGCGCGUCGGGAGGAAAGGACUCGACGGUGCUGGCGCAUGUGCUCAAGACACUCAAUGACCGGCACGACUAUGGCCUGGAGCUGUUUCUGCUGAGCAUCGACGAGGGCAUCACGGGCUACCGCGACGAUUCGCUCGAGACGGUCAAGCGAAACAAGGUGCAAUAUGGCCUCCCGCUCAAGGUCCUUGGCUAUGACGAACUGUACGGCUGGACGAUGGACGAGAUCGUACGGCAGGUCGGCAUGAAGAACAAUUGCACCUUCUGUGGUGUCUUUCGGCGGCAAGCCCUCGACCGGGGCGCGGCCGCCAUGCAGGUCGACCAUAUUGUCACGGGUCACAAUGCAGACGACAUGGCCGAGACAAUCUUGAUGAAUGUGCUUCGAGGCGACAUUGCCAGACUGGAGCGGUGUACAGAAAUCUGCACAAAGGGCCCAGACCCGCAAUCGAGCGUGGGCCAAGACGCAGAGGGAGGUGGGUGCGGCAACCACAACGGAAACGAAUUUGGGGGCACGGGCAUCAAGCGCAGCAAGCCGUUCAAGUACGCCUACGAAAAGGAAAUCGUCAUGUACGCCUACUUUAAGAAGCUCGACUACUUUAGCACAGAGUGCAUCUACUACCCAAACGCGUAUCGAGGUUAUGCCAGAGAGUACCUGCGCGAGCUCGAGCAGAUCCGACCGAGCGCAGUCAUCGAUAUCAUCCACAGCGGCGAGGCGCUCCGCGUGGGCGGCGAGGUGAAACGCAUGCCCCAGCGCAACUGCCAGCGGUGUGGCUACAUCUCUUCCAACGACCUCUGCAAGGCUUGCCUCCUCCUCGAAGGCCUCAAUCGCGGCGCGCCCUCGCUGGGCAUCCACUCGUCCAAGUCACGCUACGUCAAGGAGGCCCGCAAGGGUGACGACGAAGGCGAAGCAAGCCUCAAGAUCGGCCGCAAGAUUCCCAUGUUUCAGAGAAUAGACUCAUCGUCGAGCACACCAGUCGAAUCAACAUCGUAGAGUUAAUUGCCCUCCACGCUUAUAAGCUACAUCUGUGCCGCUGUAUUUUAUUAAUGGCAAGCUCCUCUCUUUCUCUC